UGCAGAUUGUAAAAGUGAUUUGGUAUCCAUUUUCUGUCUCAACAGUUUUGACUCCAGAAGAGUCUCGGGAAGAGAAAAAGGACAAAGAAGGAGACCGGGCCUUUGAAGAAAGCAAACAGAAAGCCAAAGGCAGCAAACCUUUAAUGCCAACCUCCACCAUCCUUAGGCUAUUGGCUGAGUUGGUGAGGUCCUAUGUUGGCAUUGCCACCCUGAUUGCCAACUACAGCUACACUGUGGGCCAGUCUGAACUAAUCAAAGAGGACUGUAGUGUUCUGGCAUUUGUCCUGGACCACCUCCUUCCUCAUACCCAAAGUGCAGAAGACAAGGACACUCCAGCUCUGGCCCGCCUUUUUCUGGCCAGUCUGGCUGCAGCAGGCAGUGGAACAGAUGCUCAGGUGGCUUUGGUAAAUGAAGUGAAAGCAGCUUUAGGCAGAGCACUGGCAAUGACUGAGAGUGCAGAAAAACAUUCCAGACUCCAGGCAGUAAUGUGCAUCAUCAGUACCAUCAUGGAAUCCUGUCCCUCCACAUCCAGCUUUUACAGCAGUGCCACAGCAGAGACCCAGCACAAUGGCGUGAGUAACAUCAUAAGGCUCUUCUUGAAGAAGGGGCUAGUGAAUGACCUUGCACGAGUACCACACAGUCUAGACCUCUCCAGUCCCAACAUGGCCAACACUGUCAAUGCUGCCCUGAAGCCUUUGGAGACACUGUCACGUACUGUGAACCAACCUAGUAGCCUCUUUGGCAGCAAGAGUGCUUCCAGCAAGAGCAAGUCUGAGCAAGAUGCCCAAGGAACAUCUCAAGGUUCUAACAGCAACACACAGGACCCAG